AUGGCUUGUGCAACACCAGCAGCUCCAUCCACCAAGGAAACUACGAAUUAUGCGCGGCUUUGUCGACUCUUGGUGGAGCUUGGUACCAGGGCCCUUAAGGACACUUUUGAUUCCAUACACCCACCAGCAACCCUGCAUGCUGUUUUGGCGGGAAACAAAACUGUGCUGCGGUCACUGAGGGGCAAAAAGAUUAUUAAUCCAACACAAUGGGGAAAGCUAUUUCCUACUAUCCCUUUUUCCGUUUCGUCGUCAUCAUUCGACAUUACUCUGCUGAUGGUCUUGUUAAGGAAUAUCUGUGGUCUGACUGCACCUGCCACAGGUUGGGAUGCUUUGCCUACCGCAGCAGACUUGAGCCGUGAAGCCGAUAUUGCUCGAAUAAAAUUCUUUAGAAACACGGUGUACGCGCACGCUCGACACGCUUCGGUUGAUGACACAACAUUUAAUAGCCACUGGCGGGAUAUUCGGAAAUCUCUGGUGUGUCUGGGAGGACUUCAGUACAGAACUGCUAUCGACCGUCUUGCGACAGAAUGUAUGGAUCCUGAGACUAAACAACAUUACAUUGAGCUGUUGGAACAGUGGAAGAAAGACGAGGACAACGUGAAAGAUCAGUUAGAGGAAGUCAUGAAAAAGCUGGAUAAAAUCACUACUGAAAGUAAGUUAACUUGCUAUUAAAACACAUCACUCUGUGCGAAAUUCUGAAAGCUGGUUUGUUGAUUGGAGACAAGAGAGAAUAAUGGAUCAGAGAGCGAAACGCCCAGUCUAGCCCUUGCGAUUUGUGAAUUUCACCAACUGAAAGUUAUUUUUAGACCAGUUAAACGAUUGAAAUUAAUCGGAAGUUGGUUCCCGGAGAGGUCCACAAGCCCUUAUUUAGUGUUAUAAAAAGGAAAUAAUGGAUCAUUAUGCUCUCUUGGUGUGUUGUUGGGGAUAAAUACAGAAGUUUUCAACUCGAACGAUGAAAAAAGUUCUGUGCUCUCUCUGCAAUAAGACAACGCCUUAACGCUCGCUGAACAACCCGCUAGUAACAUGGGAAAAAAGGGGGUGACGUGACUAGUGCUAGGUCCCUGUCUAAAAGACGUAACAGUUUUCGGAUAAUUUUCAUAUCCGAUGUUUAAAUUAGAUUUGUUCCCAACAUGUGUCGCCAUCACAAUAUUCUGCAUUCAAUCGCUUUGAGGGAGUCGCACUUGGAAUAGAUGAAGCCUCAAACAAUCGAUCAAAACGUGCGGACGUUUCAGCAAUUAUACUUCCUUUUAAUUACAACCUCUAAAAAUAACCUAAGUGAAAUUCACGUAUCCCGGCCAACGCUCUAAGAUUCUCUCUCUGUCGCGUUAUUCUCUGUUGUUGGAGUGUGUUAAUGGUAUAAAACGCACAGUCUUCAAGAGGUUAUGAUUCCUUUCACCCUUGGCCUCUCUGACCGUUCAUAUAAAUUUUGAUCAUGAGGUACGUAAGGGAUACAUGACUGAAAAAGAAAUAUCUGGGUAUUUUUCUUUUAGUUUAGAUUAACCUUAAAAACGGUUCAUGCUUGAACCUCCCUAAAGGACCAUUUGUACCGUUUAUAUAUCACACAAUCUAAAAAUGACUCAAUUAAGUUACAGUCCUUAAUUCAAUAAUUAUUUGCGAAUUUUUGGAUGAUUUUUCGGAUGUUUUCAAUGUAAAUUUCAAGGGGGGAAGGGAAGAUGUUUAAAAUUUUGAGAAAAUCGGAAAAUAUUGGAUUUGGGGGUUCAAAAAUUAAAAUAUGAACUGAAUAAUUAGUAGACAAUUACCAGAUAGUCCACAACCCCAACAAGGUGCCUCUGAUCUCAUUAGCGGACUAACUGGUUUAUGUGUAUACCUUUUCUAACCUAAUUUACUUCCUUCCCAAAUCAACAUCAUUUCCCCAAAAACCACCCCUGAUGCUCCCUUAAGGUGAUUCCCUGGUUUUGCACUGCGCAUCUCUUACUGCGCAUAACAAGAUGGCCGCCGUAAAAAAGAGCAUGUGAAGUAACAUUAUUAAAAUGAAGUUGACUGAAGAGAAACGCUAUUGGAAUAUUUGCUUGCGGUGGUUUCUUGCCGAGGUGAGACUCAAUGUGUUGGGAAUGUGCAUUUAAACGUAGGCAGUACGCUUGUUGCUGAGUUCGACUUCCUCACGGAGAACCUCGAUAGUGGAUGUUUAACUUGUGCUUACGUACUUUGAUUUUCAUUUUAACGCUUUCUUUAUCAUAUUGUGUCCUAAAUGUGAUAUCUCGAUGUAAAUUCUGUAAAAACAGAUUUUUUAAUACUUUCUUCCCCCUUUCACAUACAUUCUAUUUUGAAACUCGCCCCAGUCCUCUCUCAAAACUCGGAGAAAAUGCAUUUGGUGCGCACUUUCUGCAGCUCUACCGCAAAAACGAGUACGGUGACCCCCAUUUUUUAUUUCAUGAUUUUAAUAAGGACAGUGCUUCCUUUCGAUGGGGAAAAAAUUGGCACAAAUCUAUGUUCACUUUUUUGGCAGUUUUACUACAUUGAGCUAUCACGGGUCGAAUAGCGCGUGUCCAAUUCAACUCUACUUUGGAGCGUAAAAUAAAAAAAGGAGCAUUAAAAGGUAUUUUUCUGGUAUGUAAGUGGAUAAACAAUACAAUAAAGUCAAAUUAUGUGCGAUACCACAUGCAUCAUCGAAAAAAUCUCUCGCUUUUGUCUAGUUUUGGGCUGCGCGCGGUUUUUGACAAAGGGUCCAAAUUAGCCGUAUUUCUCAGCAUUGUGACGUCAAAACGAGCACGGUGACCCCCACUUUUUAUUACUUUUUUAUCAUCUUCUUGACUUGUUACAUCAGUGUACCAAGUUUCAUCUACAAUCUAUGUUAGGUUCUUUUACUAGGGAAUCACCUUAAGUCCCAAUAUCCAUAUACAAAUUCUCCAAACUGAUCUCCAUACAUUUCCUUUAAGAAUUAGUUGAGAGAAUUUGAUAAAUGAUUAUGGCAUUUUCUCUUUGGUGAUCAUUUAAUUAAUUAUCAUAACUUUAUCUAUUGACAAUGUAUGGAUAUUGUUAGGAGAAAACUGUUUUUGGUCACUAUUGGCACUAAAACGGUUAACACAAUCUAUUAACGAACUGCACCUCUUAACAGACUUAACAGUGUCUUCUAAAUACUGAAGGAAGAUGACUACUGUCUGUAUGCGGAACGUUCUUAGCGCUUUCCCUUGGAGGUAUAAGUUAUAAUGAGAAAGUAAGCGAUAAUUGACUGACAUAUAAGCGCAUUGAACUUUUAGUGAAAAGCUUGAAGUCUUCAGAUAAGAUCCUGCUUGGAUGCAACACGUGUCGAGAGGGAAAUCACGAGAAUGAGCCAGUAGAGUACUUUUGUGAAGAUUGCAAAGUUUGUAAGAAAUGUGGACAGUUCAGUUCUAACCAUCACAACAAAAAGGAUGUGCAGCAGGUGCCUGUUGUGAGACAAAAUGAAAUGGCUAAAGUUGUUGAUAAACUUAAAGAGAAAGCGGUCUAUGUUGAGGCAAAGGUGAAGGAACAAACUGAUCUGAUGCAGAAAAGCCAGGAAAAAAUCUGUUCUGCUGAAAAGGACAUGGUUGAGAUUGUGGAAGAGAAGAUUCGCCUUCUGAACGCACAUAAAAGAGACAUGAAAAUGAAAUUUUCUGAGAUUCGUGAAGCACAACAACGAGAGCACGAGACUAGGAUAAGAAACUUUAAAAUGGUCGCAACCCAGACAAGGAAAUAUAUUGAAAAAGGCGAGGAUUUCUUAAAAAGAAUGAAUGGUCCUGGAAUUCUGGAAACAGAGUGUGCUGCUGACUUAAUUCGCUUUGAGAAAGGUUUGCAUGACGAAGAAAUGGAAAUCUAUAAACCUAGGCGUGUUACUUAUCGUGCAGACAAAGACUCUGUGACACAGGGUACUGUUGAAUUGGAACCUCACUGUACCGCGGCUCUUGUCCAAAGAACAGGAGCUUUUCGAAUAGCAGGAGGAAAAAGUUCACAUUACAAUAACUUGUUGGUCAGAAAGCGGAGUGGGGAACAAAAAUGAGGCAAAUUAUUGUAACGAUGGAGAACACAACACACGCCAAACACUGCUUGCGCCGCACAUGACGCUGUGGUUAACCGUUGCGGGAAGCCGUUGACUGCUCGGCCUCGGAGUCUGCAAAUGAGUCUACAUCAGAACAAAGGUCUCCGAUCAUUUAAAUCAUGCACUAGGGCAAGGACAUGAAGUAUUCCUCAAGCCGUGUAGGAAUUCAAAAGAUGGAGACAAGACAGCACAACACACGCCAAACACUGCGAGUGCAGCACAUGACGUAGUUGUUGACCGUUGUGAGAAGCCGCUGACUACUUGGCCUCGUGGUUUGCAAAUGAGUCCACAUCAGAAGAAAGGUCUACGACCAUUUAAAUCACGUGGGAAAGGGCAAGGAGUGUUCCACAAUCCGUGUAGCAUUGCAGUGAAUGAAAAGAGUGGGUAUAUUUUGGUAGCCGAGGACCUCAGUCAUCGUGUUCAGCUGUCUGAUUCUGAAUGA